AUGUCCAAGACGCUAGGCGGGACGGCGUGCGGGGACCCACGACACCACUUGGUGUCGCACAUCAUCCUCGACGCCGAGUGGCCGUUCGAGGCCUACGAGGGUCCAUCCAUCGCUCUCCCGAUGAACGCGAGGGAGAUAUAUCCUGUGGGGUCGUGGAGUCAGGAUGCCAUCCUGGCUCAUUACGCUCGCCCGGGCUCCUUUGAGGUGGUCGUCGCUGUGCAAUGGCUCUACCAGUGCCAGCGCGAGAACCGGCUAGUGGGCUGGAGGGAGGAUGAGCCUGACCAAGGUGGAUGGCAAAUUCACGCCCACUUUGACCCCGACUUUGCGUGGCCCGUGGCGAACAACGAGGGCGACCGCGACGACGACCACAACGGCGGCAACUCGGAGCACGACGGGGAGGGGGAGGAGGUGGAGGAUGAGGAGGAGGGGUGCUACGACGAGGAGGAGUACGAUGACGACAACGAGGAGGAGGACGAGGAGGACGACGACGAGGAGGACGACGAGGAGGACGACGAGGACGAAGACGGGUACGACGAGUAG